CCUCGGAGUUGCGAGCAGCGAGGAUGUUCAUACAGACGACCGGAUGCAUCACGCAGAGCUUCUCCGUGUAGCAGUCACCACAGGGCCUCGUUUCGUCAGCACUUUCCAGGUCUGCUGCGGCAACAGAUCACUGCUGUCGUUCGCCGCGGAUCGGUCCUUUCCCGUGGAGGCUCUGGAGUUCCUCCUGACCAACACAAGGUUUCGACAGGAGGACGGAUGCCGAAUCACUGACUUCGUCGAGCACAUCGGGAGCCUCAUUGUCUGUUUGAUGUAUGGAUAUAGUGGCCGCUGUUUCGAUAAUAGACUUCUCGACGAUGGCAAGCGGUCCCUCCGUCUGCUCCUCCGCGCUGGCACACGGAACGCGUUCGCAAGACAGGUUUGGUACAGAAACGGGCUGUACCGCACUUGGCUCCUGAGCGUUUUCAAUGCGGCCUCCGUCUACGUUUCUCCCAUUCUCCCUGCGCAGGGCCAGCCGGACAGCACUCGCCUCGUCCCCAUACUUGCUCUACUCCACUUGGUAGAGUGCAUCAUAGAGAUGUUCCCCGAUGAGGACGCAGCUUUCUGGAGCGCGGUCCUCCAGACCUUGUGGACGCACACCCGCAUCACGAGGGGCACGUUAAGGCGGGUCGCCGACGUGACGCUUCGACUUUUGGAUCUCGGGGCCUCGACGACUUUCGCACUCCCAGAAGGAGCCAAGGGCGGCAGCUUCCUCGCCUGUAUCGAAAACGGCCUGGAAGCUCCCGAGGAUGUCGACCCCUACGUUGACGACAUUGAAGCCACAAUUGAAGGCAUCAAUGUCAUGGAAUUUGAUGGUCCAGGACAGGUCUCCGACAUCUUUACGAACAGGAUGCGCGACAAACGGUAUGAUAGCAUUGAGCGCCUCAAAGAGAAGAUUCUCGGCGACGGCAGUCUGAGCCCCCCGUCUGUGGAUUGAUUGCAGCUUGAAAAGCAUCUAGCUUGGGGACUGCAGCUCAUUAGAGCAGGGCGGUACUUCGUCAGGCAGCUCGGACGGGUGAGGACCUUGGCAAGUCGCGACCGAUACAUCAUACACCAACCUACAUCCCGCAUGAUUCGGAAUCCAGUAGAAGAUGCCGUUCUACGCCCAGCUUUGUUCAUAUCAACCAAAAGCAUUGGUACGCUGGACCGCUGGCCUAUUAUGUUUCCAUUAGGGUGUCAGGCUUGGCUAUUUGCCAGAGCUGCGAUCAUUACCACGCUACGUGCACGUUACAUCAAUAGUAAACAACCGUACAGGUGUUAAAGUGUUCAAACCUGCAGCAUAAUGAAUUCAACAGUAAUUGCUGCCGAACUUUAUUCAGA